UGUACCCAAUUUCAAACAUGAUAAAACACAAAACAAAAUAUGAAAUACAAGUCAGGGGAUACUUCACAUGCACUUUAAAGUUUGCUUUCAUAAGAAGUUUAGACCCCGAAAAAAAAUGAAUGUUAAGCAUACACUAGGGCGGCUUUGUAGGUCGCACAAAAUCGAGCCAUGUUGAAAGGUCAUUGUCUAUAUCCGUAGUAUACCCUACCUUUUCGGAUUGUUUCCUUUUUUUAUAUCCUUUAGGUGUCAUUAACUGCAAACCUCUCAUUUGUUUGUGUGCCUGCGUUUGGCUUGUUGUGUGGGUGUGUGAGGGUGUGCGUGUAGAUGUGGAUUCACACAACAAAUAAUAGCCAUCAUCGCUGACCAGUGUCUCAAGGUGUCAUUUAAAUCAGUCAAUCCAACACCCAUCUAAUUGAUUUUUAAAGCAGUCCAAUCAACGAAAGACACUUCACCCAUGAAAUAAACAUGGCACGGCCUAAUGGUGAUCCACUGAUAUUUUAUUGCAACGGGAAAAGGGUUGAAGAGCAUGACCCUGAUCCAGAAAUGCCAUUGCUCACUUACCUAAGAACCAAGUUGGGUCUAACAGGCACAAAGUCCGGCUGUUCUGAAGGAGGAUGCGGGGCAUGUACGGUGAUGGUCUCCAAUUAUGAUUCAAACUUGAACAAAAUUUUCCAUCGUGCAGUGAAUGCUUGUCUUGCCCCUGUUUGUUCAGUCCAUGGCGCAGCCGUCACAACCGUAGAAGGUAUAGGGAGCACAAAGAAAAAGUUACACCCGGUACAGGAACGGAUUGCCCUGGCCCAUGGUACUCAAUGUGGUUUCUGCACUCCAGGGAUGGUGAUGUCGAUGUACACACUCCUAAGAAAUAAUCCUCAUCCUUCUAUGGAAGAGAUUCAAGCAGCGCUUGGAGGAAACCUAUGCAGGUGUACUGGUUAUAGACCAAUCCUCGAAGGGUACAAGUCAUUUGCUAAGGAUGGUGGUUGCUGUGGUGGGCAGUGUGGGCAGCGUGACGUCACCGAUGAGGUACCUUGUCGAUUAUAUGAUCCAUCCACAUUUACACAGUACGACCCAACGCAGGAUGUCAUAUUUCCUCCAGAGCUUUUGCUAUCUACAGCUAAAGAGAAUAAGAGUUCACUUACCUUUGUGGGAACGAGGGUGAUCUGGCAUCGACCUUUGACCUUGAAUGAACUGCUUGACCUGAAGACGAAACACCCGACCGCAAAGUUGAUUGGUGGAAAUACUGAGAUAGGUAUUGAAACCAAGUUUGGAAACAAACUUUAUCCCAUACUGAUUGACAUCAACCACAUCAGAGAAUUGAAGGAGUUAAAGGUCAAAGGUGAUGGUGUCUUGAUUGGUGCUGGCGUCACUCUUAGCGGAAUGGAAACCUUUUUGAAAGAGAUCAUCACUAGUGAACAAAAUUUCAAGACAAGAUCACUUGAAGCAAUAGUCGAGAUGCUCCGCUGGUUUGCUGGUCGACAAAUUAGAGACGUGGCUAUGAUUGGCGGGAACAUCGUGACUGGUAGCCCUAUAUCAGACCUCAAUCCAAUUCUCAUGGCAUGUAAAUGCACCUUGGAAUUGGUAUCACAAGCAAGAGGUACUCGUUUUGUGUUUAUGGAUGAACAUUUCUUUACUGGCUACCGAAAGAAUGUUAUAGAAUUAGACGAGGUGUUGAAGUCGAUCACAAUUCCAUUUACUACAGAGAAUGAAUACGUCUAUGGCUUCAAACAAUCUCCUCGUCGUGAAGACGACAUCGCUAUCGUUAACGCUGGAUUGAGGGUGGCCUUCGAUCACGGCACUGACGUCAUCAGAGACAUUACAUUGUCCUACGGAGGAAUGGCGGAAACAACAAUCCUUGCCACAAAUACGAUGGAGAAAUUAGUGGGAAAAAAGUGGGACGAAACAAUGUUAGAGAUAGCAUUCACAUCCCUAGCAGAAGACCUUCUCCUUCCCGCUGGAGCUCCUGGUGGGAUGGAAACUUAUCGACAAUCACUAGCAGUAGGAUUCUUCUUCAAGUUCUAUAUAUUGGUCCUUCAACAGCUGCAAUCUAAACAAAUGAACCUUCAUCCUGAAUUGACGUCAUCCAUCGACACGAGUGCCAUAACCCUAUUUAAAGAUGGGCCUGUUGAAGGUGUCCAAUUUUUCAAGGAAGUAGCUUCUGGCCAGCCAGACCACGAUCCCGUGGGUCGUCCUAUCAGUCACAAGGCUGCCUACCAACACGCCACGGGGGAGGCAGUAUACAUCGAUGACAUGCCUAGUAUUUCGGGUGAACUUCACAUGGCAUUUGUGUAUAGCGGGAGAGCUCAUGCAAAGAUCAUAUCCAUCGAUCCAUCUAAUGCAUUAGCCAUGGAAGGUGUUCAUGACUUCAUAUCUGCUGAAGAUGUCCCCGGUAAUAACUUUAUCGGUGCCAUUAUUCCUGAUGAGGAAUUGUUCGCUACUAAAGAGGUGAUGCAUAUUGGCCAGAUCAUCGGGGCUGUUCUCGCUGAUACCAAGGAACAAGCUCAACGGGCAGCCAAGGAAGUCAGCGUCCAGUUCAAUGAUCUCGAGGCGGUGAUCACGAUUGAGGACGCAAUUGCAAAUGAGUCCUUCUUCGACUACUCAAGGGUUAUUGAAAGUGGUAAUCUUUCAGAGGCUUUCGAGAAGUCUGACUAUGUCAUUGAAGGAGAAUUGAAAGUUGGAGCUCAGGAACACUUCUACAUGGAAACCCAGUGCGCAUGCGUGAUACCAAAGGGGGAGGAUGGGGAGUUUGAAGUGUUCUGCGGUACUCAAAAUCCUGCGUCUGUGCCGAAAUUCGUUUCUUCUGUCCUUGGAGUUCCAUGUAAUCGGAUAACAUGCCGUAUCAAGCGGUUAGGUGGUGGCUUUGGUGGAAAACAGUACCGGUCGGCGAUCCUAGCUGCCCUAUGUGCUGUUGCUGCUAACAAGGUUGGCCGUCCAGUGCGUUUUAUGCUAGAUCGGGAUGAAGACAUGAAAUCGACAGGGACAAGACAUCCGUUCUUGGGUCGUUACAAGGUCGGUUGUACCAAGGAUGGAAAACUCGUCGGUGUUGACAUCAAGAUGUUCUCCAACGCUGGCUUCUCUUAUUCUGUUUCUACUGCGGUGAUGGACAAAGCGAUCCAGUCUUUUGACAACGUAUAUCGGUUGCCGGUUUUCCGGGUUGAGGGCCGAAUUUGUCGUACCAACCUCCCGUCCAACGUAGCAUUCCGUGCAUUUGGAACACCACAGGCUAUGAUCAUUACUGAAACACUCAUGGACGAUGUCGCAGUCAAGUGCAAGAUUCCUCAGCAUAAAGUAAGAGAGAUGAAUUUCUACCAGGAGGGUGACAUCACACCUCAAAAUCAGAAAAUCGAGGGGUUUAUGUUGCCUCGCUGUUGGGAUGAAUGCUUGACCAAAAGCAACUUCGCCAGCCGCAGGGAGGCUGUGGACAUUUUUAACAGGAAUAAUCGCUGGAAGAAGAGAGGACUUGCUGUCAUUCCUGUCAAGUACGGCGUUUCCUUUCACAUAACACACUUAAAUCAAGCCGGUGCUCUAGUCCACAUCUACACUGAUGGUUCCGUUCUUGUCACACACGGGGGCACUGAGAUGGGCCAGGGUUUACAUACCAAGAUGAUUCAGAUUGCUGCUAGGACUCUCGGGAUACCUCAGGCAAAGAUCCACCUGACAGAAACAAACACUACUAAGGUUCCAAAUGCCUCGGGAACGGGUGCCAGUACAGGAACAGAUCUCAAUGGACGGGCAGUACAGAACGCUUGUGAGACUCUGAAACAUCGACUAGAACCAUACAUGUACGCCGACCCAAAAGGCGAUUGGAACACUUGGGUGGCAGCAGCUUAUAACGAUCGUGUAAGCUUGUCAGCAGCUGGCUUUUAUAAGAGAGACGACUUGAAUUACGAUAAAAAGAAGAACGAAGGAAAACUAUUCCCUUACAGCACGUACGGUGUCGGGGUCUCCGAAGUAGAGAUCGACUGCCUUACAGGUGAUCAUCAAACUCUAAGAACCGAUAUCGUCAUGGACGUCGGAGAAAGCAUCAACCCCGCUAUCGACGUUGGUCAGAUAGAAGGUGCCUUUGUCCAGGGUUAUGGUCUCUUUGUCAUGGAGGACCUGAGAUGGUCACCUAAUGGUCAGCUCUUGACCAGUGGUCCUGGCUACUACAAAAUACCAUCAUUUGGUGACGUGCCCCUGGAGUUUAAUGUUACUCUUCUUAAGAACUCAUCUAACCCUGUCAAUAUCUGUUCAUCGAAGGCUUGUGGGGAGCCACCCUUCUUUUUAGCCUCAUCGGUCUUUUUCGCUAUCAAGGACGCAAUGAUGUCAGCCAGAGCAGAUGAAGGUUUAACUGGUAUCUUUCGGUUAGACAGUCCAUCGGUCGCUGAAAGGAUUCGACUCGGCUGUGUGGACAAGUUCACCAAAAUGUUCCCAUCACCUGAGCCGGGUACCUUCAGACCAUUCUUCGUCCGACCAUGAAUAUAACCGAGAACAACCAUCCUUCAAGAGCACGGAAGGCAUCAUAAUGAUAAUAAUAAUAAUAAACAGUUCUUGUAUAGCACAUAUCACAAUAAUGAAUAAUGUCU